AUGGCUGCAGUAAUCCAAACUGCAUUGGAGCUUGCAUUCCUUGAACUACUGAAAGCAGUAGUUGGACGAAAUGUAUCAGCUGCAAAAUUCAUAACGAAACUCGAUCAACUUGAAAAAACUUUAAAAAGUAUAGAGCCCAUAUUUUAUGAUAGCUCCAGGUUGAACCAAGUGUUGGAUCGUCCGGAAACAGAGAUAAAAAUGUUCAUAAGCUACCUGGAGGAAGGGAAGAUGCUCAUUCUCAAGUGCUCUAGAAUCAAAUUUUGGAAUGUGCAUCAAAACUCUCUGCAUUCCAAUAAGUUGAUUCAGUUAAACAACGAGCUCUUGAGGUUUUUUCAAGUAGAAUUGCAUACAGAUAUGAUGAUGAUUGGGGUUCAUGAUUUGACAGUCAAAAUGAAUGAAGUUCCUUCAACACUUACUAGUCGUGGACAUCCGAAUCACUCCGGGUCAUGUAGUGUUCCUUUGCUUCCGAAUGGUAUAGUUGGAUUCGAUAGUCAUCUUGACGAGUUGAAGGACAGGCUGCUUAAGGAUGACGACCAAGUGUUGGUGGUUUCAGCUCCUGGAGGUUAUGGCAAAACUACUUUAGCGAAAAUGCUUUGCCAUGAAAAGAACAUAAAAGACAUAUUUGGUGAGAAUAUACUUUAUGUCACCGUCUCAAUACCAUCCAGUUUUAAGCUUGUUGUCCAAAAACUAUUUGAACAUUUUGGUGAAAAUCAUUGCGACCUUGAAACCGACGACGAAGCCAGGCAUCAACUGGAGAAACUGAUGCCACAUAUGGGUUCGGAUAAAAUAUUGUUGGUACUGGAUGAUGUGUGGUCGGAAUCUGAAUCUAUUAUUCAGGAUCUUAGGUUCCCUAUGCCUGGUUACAAAAUUUUGGUCACGUCAAGAUUCUUGUUUCCAAGGUUUCAUUCCACGUUCGAGCUUACAUUGAUGAAUGAAGAAGAUGCAAGAACCCUUUUUUGCUAUUUAGCAUUUCCCAAUGACGGGAUUCCUGUUAACGUGCCAGAUGAUAUCGUGAACAAGAUUGUUAAAUUAUGUCGAGGACUCCCGUUAGCGCUUACUGCAGCUGCUGCAUCGCUGAGUGGGCAACCUUUACUCAAAUGGAGACGAACUCUUAAAAUAAUGUCGGAUGGUCAUCCCAUUUUACAUUCAAAUAGCAGCAUAAUUCUUAGUCAAAAGUCAAGAAUUGAUGCACUGGAUGAACUUCCCAUCGUUAAAGAAUGUUUCUUGGACAUGGGAUUGUUUCCUGCAGAUGAACGGAUUGCAGCCAUGGCUCUCGUGGAUAUGUGGGUAGAGUUGUACAAUCUUGAUGAUGAGGGGAUGUAUACGAGUGACAACCUUAUUGAGCUCUCAUUGAGAAGUCUCAUCAAUCUUUCUUCACUAAGGAAAGAAGUAGGUGAACUAGAUGGAUAUUGUGAUGGGCUCUAUGUCACGAAAGACGUUCUGCUGAGAGAACUGGCCAUCCACCUAAGCAGCCAGGAGCCCGUUGCAGAACGAAAGCGAUUGUUCGUUGAAGUUCAUGGAAACGAGUUUCCCACUUGGUGGAUAGAACAAAUAGCACAACCCAUCAAUGCCCAAAUCUUGUCUAUAUCAACAGAUGAAACGUUUGUCUCAAAUUGGUAUGAUCUAAUAGCACCUAAAGUUGAAGUGUUGGCAUUGAAUGUACAUAGCGAAGAAUACACUCUACCCCAGUUCAUCGAAAGAAUGCACCUACUGAAGGUUUUACGUAUCACGAGCUACGAUCUUUAUCCUUCUCAACUACACAAUCUUUCAGUGAUGGGUUAUUUAUCCAACCUAAAAAGAAUCAGAUUCGAACACGUUUCAAUUUCAUCCUCUAUCCAACCCAUAUUUGCAUUACAAAACCUUCGCAAACUGUCAUUUGUUUUGUGUGAAAUUGGUAAUGCUUUGAUAAGUUGUACCACUAAGUCUCCCCCUAUGCUUCUACCAAAUCUCACAGAAAUUGAAAUCGAUCGGUGUUAUGAUAUAAAGGAGCUACCAUCUGAACUAUGUAAUCUUGUUCAACUAAAGAAACUCAGCCUCACCGAUUGCCAUCAACUGGAAUUUCUUCCCGAAGAGUUGGGAAGUUUGUCAAAUCUUGUAAAACUGGGGCUUCGUUGUUGCACAAAACUACAAGAGCUGCCCCAAUCAAUUGGAAGCUUGAAUAAGUUGAUCUUUUUGGACAUAUCUGAUUGCUCGAAUAUAAGUACACUGCCUGCAGGAAUUGGUGAGCUAUGUGGUCUGAGAGUGCUAAAAAUGAGCGGCUGUCGUCGGUUACAAGAGUUGCCAAUGUCCAUGAGCAAACUGUGGCAACUAGAAGAGGUGAUAUGCGACGAAGAGAUGCUAAAUUGGUGGAUGAAUCAUGAAAGUAAACUCUAUAACUUGAAUAUAAAGGUUGUUGAAGAUGAUGAUAGGUUUGAAAGCUUCAUGGAAAACAUCCACAGUGAAGAAGCGCCCUCGAUUGGAUGUAUGGUUCAUGAAAGACAUAAUUCUCAAAGUUGCGGAAGUGAUUUCAGUUAUGAUUCACUGCCAUCAUACUGCGAUGUAGCUCCCAGAUGUGGAUCGCCUGCUAGUGAAUAUAAUGGUGCUCAGAAUGUAAGUAAUUUGAGGGACGUAGUCUUGGCAGAAGUUGAUGUCUAAUCAAAUGAUAUUCCAAAAGGAAGGCAUAACUCAUCGCGGUUCCCGGAAUCCAGGGGAAUAUUUGGUAAGAACGUCUUUUGGAUUGGGAAAAUGAUUUUAGAAAGAUAAAAUUUGUUUAAUUUAGAAGAUAGUGGUUCCCCGUUUUCUGCAAGUAGACGGGGGCUAGUGAAGAUUCGUGCUAUGGUUAAAAUGUUAGUAUAUGUUAAACUUUGUUGUACUAUUAUUAAUGUACUUAGGAGUCGGAAGUACAAUAAUUUUA